GGCACUGAAAUGGUCUCACCACAUGGCAUACCAUCGGAUUUGCUGGAUCGAAUUUUGAUAAUUGUUACGAAGCCCUACAAAACCGAGGAGAUCUUGGAAAUCGUGAUGGUACGAGCGGAAGCGGAAGGCGUGAAGCUGGACGAGCAGGCUAUCGCUUAUUUGAGUAAACUGGGCACAGACACAUCGCUGAGAUAUGUGGUGCAGCUGCUCACUCCGGCCAAACUGCUCGCACAAGUGAACGGACGUGAUACGGUCACGAAGGAAGAUGUUCAGCAGUGUGCCGAACUGUUCAUUGAUGCGAAAACUUCGGCACAGUUGGCUCUUUCGAGAAAAAGCGAUGGGCAGGCAGCCCCAGAUGUGUCUGCAGCUCCUGCAGCAACAAGCACGGGCGCUACUACUACUAUUCAACAGCAGCAGACGAAGACAGACUCAGCAAAUGAUGUGGAGGAUGUUCCAAUGGAAACGAGCAAAGCGUAG